AAUAAUCAGGAAGAGCAAUUACUUGACAAUAUAAAUUGGGAGGAUAAUGAGACAGAAUAUUUAUAUGAUUAUAUAACUUUGGACAAUUUGGAGGAUUACGAAAAAUAUUUGCAAGAUAAUAAUAAUGAUUUGACGAAUUCAGAUAAUAAUACAGAGCAGAAUACUCAAGAAUACAAACUAUUUGAGAGCUAA